AUUCUUCAUGCUCCCCAACAAGUAACGCCCGCAGCCGUUACACAUUUUGUUUUUCAAACGUCGUUUAUUUUUUCCUUUCAUGUUAGGCUUCCUCUUUCAACUUCUAUGUCAUUUUAGGAGUCACGGUGCUAUAAAUACUCAAGUAAAAAAACACGAUGAAUGAGAUGAAUACCCAGACAGCUUCCCAAAGUCUCGGUUCAUCUGAAUGAGACAGAUUCCUAUAUCUCGAGAUCUGCCACCAUUUGCCCGGUACAAACGGUUGUAUUAGGAAAUCGGAGGAAUAGCCCAUUCAAGACCAAUAGUCAUUAAUCCAUUUGGCCCCUUGAGUAACGGAACCGGCUCGAAGUAACCAUUUUCUCUCCGUGAAUAUUUUUCAUUGGUGUGUCAUUAAUCAAUGGAGCGAAAUGAGUUGAUGACCAACGCUUGGAAAUUUUAUCGCUUCAAGCUUCCGGAAUAAUUGUGCAAAAUUAAACGAGCGUUUGCUUCGGAAAUAUGAAAAUAGAAUUGCGUUGCGGCGUUUUCGCGAGAGUUUGUUCACAUGAGUUCAUAGCAUAUGACGAUGCUAUUGCUUGAUUGGCGUUGCUGCGCGGAAUUUCGGGAAAUAGUUACAAGUAUUGCGAGAUGAUAGUGCUAAUUAUUGAUUACUGUUAUUGUAAUAUUUUCUACGAUUCAGCUGCAUCCGAUUUCACAACACAUGGGACAUGUCCAAAUGAGACUUUCUAAUAAUAUUGAUAAUCGUGUUCAACGAUUUUAAACAGCUUUAAAAGCACCGAUAUCACCGCGUUUUCAAAGUGUUUGCGUUAAAAUUCACGAUACUUUGAGUUUGCAAAAUGCCUGGCGGCUGCAGCUGUACGUCGGCGCCAGACUCCUGCCAAUCGUGCGUAUGAAACAUGAGAAAACAAAGAGUUAAAAUGUUUGGUAAUUCCCCCGAAAACCGGAUGGAAGUGAAUAGACGGAAUGGAAAUGAAUACGGGAAAGUCGGAGUAUCCUAUCAAUUUUCCCGGGGUGUCCUCACUUAUGGGAAGUAAAUAAGGGGGGCAAGGGUCGAUGACAAAGGAACAGCCUCAGGAUAUGUGUGUCUUGCAUACUCAUUAUGAAGAGCAAUUAUUAUUCAGGAUCAUAAAUAAAAAAAAUCUGAUUCUAGAAGAUGGAAAAUGGAAAUUAAAUAGGAGAAAUCCAAGGAAUCAAUUGGAAAAUGAUAAUUCACACUGAGCAAUUGAAUUGCUUUUCCCAAUAUUUUAUUCCUCUCACCAAUGAAAGGUUAACCCAUUCCCUGAAGAAGUCUGGCCGAGUCCAGUAUAUUUCUGUAUGCAGUUCUUGGCAUCAAUGCCACGGCUCUCGACAUUCGUGAAUUCACCGCAGUGUGGCGCUGAAUUACCCCCGUUACAACGUCCACGAUGAAAGAUUCAGUGAGUACAAGAUAGUCGUGCUCGUGCGUUCGCCUAGCUUCGCGUACGGUUCUCACGCCAGUGCAUUUUUACAAUCCCUCAUUCUACAAUUAUUUCGUUUUAAUCCGUGACAUUCUCCAUCGAUAAAUACAACCUGUGUGUGUAUGUGUGUGUGUACUAAAUAACUGGGAAUGUGCGUCAUAGUAAAUAGAAUCGAUACACAUGUGAUUCAGUAAAACUAUGUAAUUGUAAAUAACCGAGAACAAUAGCAUGAAUCAAAAAACAGUGGAAUACUUGGGCUUUGGGAUAUUUCAAAAGUGUUGACAAGGAAUACUUUAUUGAUGACCUUUUUAAGACAAAAAUUGCGUUUUGAGGAUCGGAGACAAUCGUGAAAGUGAAAAACUAUGCGAUUGUUCAAAUUACUCCAACCACUAAGACUAUAUCGUUUGUUUUUUUUGCCGAGAAUGGGAAAAAUUUCGCUGAAAAAAUUGUAAACUAUUUUGAAAAAAACGUGUUAAAAUGAAUGGGAAUGAGACAUUCGAUGAUUCUCCAAAGCGUAGAUCAACGUUCUACGUCUCCCUGGAUUCGCAGCCUCCGUCCCGUAGUGUCAAGCCUCAGGACCCGGAGAAAUAUUCCUGCAACACAUUUCCAAUAAUAACCCCGAAGAAUCCCCAUCCAAUUCCCCUCAAUCGGACCUUCAGUUCGAGUGACAAAUUGGAAGUCGAAAUGAAGCCAGUUCACCAUGUGGAGACUCGCGGGAAGGUCCACUCCCUGACGAAGAUGUUCGAGUCGCCUGAGGUUCUCGAUGCCUCGCAGAGGAAGAAAGUUGAGAGGACGAGGUCCUUCAAGACAAUUGAGAGGUUUCAAAACAAAUUCGGCAGGAAGGAUGUGAGUUGCAGCAAGAAGGAGAUGGCUUCUGGAAAGAAGGAGCGAGUGAGCACUGCUUCAGAGGUGGCCAGGUCCCGAGUGGGGGAGAACCGGAGGGACGAGGAGAGGAUCAAAUUCGCGAGGAGCAACUUCAGGCCGAAGAGCAAUGUCGGGAGUCAGGAGUGUGUGAACAGUGUCAGUGGUACUGUGCUUGGGAACUUGCUGAUCAGAAGGACUCACAGUACUAAAGUUUCCAGGAGUGUCAGUGCACUUGGAAAGAGACAUGCCAGUGCUGGAAGCCCUGGGGAGGGCUGCAGGGCCAAGGGGGAAGCCGAGGGGCUGGCCGAGGUGGUGAGGUGGGACGAGGGGGACGAGGAGGUUUUUGAGGAGGAUGGAGAUGCUGGGGUUCAUUCAGAUACAUCCUACGAGAAGGCAUGCAGGAGAGGAAGCGCACCGGCGACCCCUGUUUUAGGGGCCAGACCACUCGAUGUCACUCCCAACCGAAUAGUUAAUUUCUUCUCAAAACGAUCAUUCCGCUCUAAUCCACUGAAGAGGACCAAGAGCGUGACAAAGUUAGAGAGGCAGAAGCAGCGCGGAGCUGGAUUACGGGGUUGUCGUUCGCACGAAUCACUGCUGUGCAGUCAGGCUGUAACCUCGAUGGAUCUGGCGGCUGUUACACCAAUGCACCCGAGUCUGCUCGGUCGACCUCAUUGUUUUCAAGUCACACCGAGCAACGGUCCACCCAAGUACUUCAGUUGUAGAACAGCCCACGAGAGGCAACAGUGGUUGCACAGCAUACGGAAAUCAGUACAGCCAGACGCCGAGCAGACCCGCCGCACUGACAAUUCCUUACAAAUCUGGCUGCUCGAAGCUAAAGGCGUUCCCACAAAAAAGCGCUACUUCUGCGAGGUUUGUCUAGACAACACACUUUACGCCCGAACAACCGCGAAACUAAAAACUGAAUUGUGCUUCUGGGGCGAGCACUUUGACUUCCACCUCCUACCCUCUGUCAACACAAUCCAGGUUAACCUCUAUCGCGAGGCAGACCGCAAAAAGAAACGCGACAAGAACGUGUUAAUCGGUUCAGUGAGCAUUCCCGUACAGAACGUGACCUCUCGUUACCUAACUGAAAAAUGGUAUCCCGUAGUGAGCGACAAGGGACCGCUCAAGGAGCCCCCAGCCCUUCGGGUCAAGUGUCGAUUUCAAUCCGUAGACAUACUCCCUGUUCAGGUGUACCAGGAGUUCUUGGAAUAUCUUAAAACUGACUAUCCCUCCCUUUGCGAGCGGCUAGAGCCUGCGAUUGGCGUUAAAGCAAAGGAGGACAUUGCUACAGCUUUCGUGGCAGUAAUGCAACGUGAGAAAAAAGCACCGCAGUUCCUCGCUGACCUCGUGAUGAUGGAUAUCCAUCGGAUCGAUGACGAGCGUCUUACAUUUCGCGGAAAUUCCCUUGCGACCAAAGCGAUGGAGGCUUAUCUUAAGCUAACUGGUGACAGGUACCUCCAAGAAACUCUGGGGGCAGUCGUUCGUGCAGCUGUCGAAGGCGGUGACUGCGAGGUAGAUCCCCUGAAGGUCUCCUCUCUCGCAGCCCUCCACAAACAACAGCAAAACCUCCGCAACGCAGUGGAACUCGCCUGGAGUAGAAUUCUCGCAAGCCACACACACUUUCCCCUCGAGCUUCGCGAGUGCUUUCGCAUCUUUAGGGAGAGACUGAAGGAAAUGGGCCGCGAGGAUAUCGCCGAUAACCUCAUAUCAGCUUCCAUCUUUCUGAGGUUCCUCUGUCCCGCUAUCUUAUCACCAUCUUUAUUCAAUAUCACUCAUGAGUAUCCAAAUGAGAAGGCAGCGAGAAACCUAACAUUGGUCGCCAAGACCCUGCAGACUCUCGCCAACUUUACGAGAUUUCAGGGUAAGGAGAAUUUCAUGGAAUUCAUGAAUGACGUCCUCGAGAGGGAAGCACCAGCUAUGAAGAACUUUCUUCAGCUUAUCAGCAAUCCGUUGCCCAAAGACAGCCCCUCUAACAAUUCGUUUGAGUUCGAUGGCUACAUAGACCUUGGAAAACAAUUAUCACUCCUUCAUGCUCUCCUACGAGAGAGCAUCGCAGGAACCACUUCAUCAUCCACGUCGUCUCGACUUCCUGAAGUGCUCGACAGGAUCUCAGUGGCGCUGGAGCAACCUGGACCCAGUCCAGUCUCCACCGCACAUCGUUACCCAAAUCUUCAGAACAACAUCUUCAGGUAUAACGAUCCAACAAUUGCAAAUAGCAAUACAAAUCUGUCGGUCUCCGCUUCCUCAACAUUGUCCAACCACAGUACAUUGAAUGGUACCUUACGAGAUAGUUCCGAGGUACUCCAGAGUAAUACUCUAGGCCACCCUCCAGGAACACGAUCUCCUAAUGUAGUCAGAGCAGCAACCCUGCCAAGAAAUGCUUACCUUCCCAAUGGAAAACUUCAACUCCAGAUCACCAGUGACGAUUAUCACCCGUUGGAGGCACCAGCCUUCGUCUCGAGGUCACCAACACCAAUAUCCCGACAGCAUCGGCCAGGUAUUACUAAGGGGUACAGGCUCACAGCCUCCGCCAGCCUCGCCAACGUCAAUCAUUGCCAGAACAUCCCCACAAGCCCAACUCGCUCCGAGUCUCACAGCAAUCUCAAGGAUUCAAAUUUCAACAUUAACGUUAAUCAAACGAAUCAGGCUAAUCAAAACACCGGACAUAGGCACAACACCAAGAUCAACCAUGAUCUUCACGAUGACAACUACAUCCACAAUAACUACAAUGUAUCGAGGUCGGCUUCCAGAAAUCAUUGUAAAGAAGAAAAUGCCAACCAGACCCAUCAGCAAAAUUACAACAAUGUCACCAAGACCACUGUCAAUGCUAAUCCCAUUAAUCCUUCUAACCUCACGUUGACGAUAAAUCAGCCAAACAAUAACUACAAAGGCCCUACUACAAAUGGCAAUUUGGACGAGAUCUCCGAUCUUUUGAGGUACGCGGACGACGAAGUCUCCGAGUCAAAAUCCCAGAAAGGCUCCCAAAUAUCCAUCUCACAGCUAUCUAACGUUGCUUCCUCCGGGUAUCAAAGCUUCGCUGCUUAUAGCCAGUCAUCGAGUCCAGUUGACCUGAGUAACAACGCGAAUUCUCAUAUUAUGAGCGCUGCACCUCUCGCCUUUGCCAAUCCGGUUUAUCAUAUGGAGGCCAGCAGAAGCGGCCGCAGGGGCAGCACGAGUUCAGAGGAACGGGAGGGAGGGGGGGUUGAAGCUGUGAGGGGAGUGGAUCUUAGUCCUUCACCUGCAACUCAGGGGAAUCUGAGAAAUCGGGGGAAUGGACAGCAGUGGAGACAGACCCCUGGACACAGGGGCACUAAUGAGGGUCAGAGCGGAUACUCCACUAAGUUGAGGAGGAGACUCUCUUUGGAUUCUAAUAGGGACCUCAGUGAUACCAGUGAGGACGAGAGCUGCGCCACGAGGAGGAGCAAAAGCAGAAGUCACAGAAGCAUUGAUCAGUACGAGGUGGAAAUUGAGAGGUUACAGAGCAGUGUUGAUCGUCUACGCGCACGAUUGGGUGCAGCUGAGGAUGGGGAUGUCGAUGGCAUUGCACCUGAUACCAAAAUGAAGAACAUCAUCACCAGAUUAAUAUCUGUGGAGGAGGAGCUGCGUCGCGAACAGCAGAAGAUGUCAGCCGCACUGUCGUACAAGCAGCGCGUGAUAGAUGCCCAGGAGCAACAGAUUGCUGCAUUGGAUGCGGCAAAUACAAGAUUAAUGUCGUCAAACACAAGACUAUUGUCCGCAUUGAGCACACUUAAGCAACGGUACAACGUCAAGGCUCAGCCUAGUAGCAGCGAAGCUGCUGCCUUGUUGCAGAAUAUAGCUGACAUUGGUGAACUGAAAAGUUCAUCCUGCUGAGUCAUCACUGGAGACUAAAGAGACAAAAUUUACCAUGAACAAAAGGUGAAAGUUCAUGAUAUAUAUUCUUUUGCCGAACAACUUUCAUCUUCAUUAGUUGACUGUUCAUCCAGGACUAAAAAACAAAAAUUGAUGAUUCCGCAGAUAUUUAGAAGCUGUCUAGCUUGAAUAAUGGUAAUGAUAAAUUAUUGUUUGAGAAUUAACAGUAAUAUUAAUUAUUUGUACGAUUCAACUCAUAAUUUUUGUAUUAUACUGCCCAGAGAAGAACAGAUUAGAUCAUUAACAUGAGUAACAAAAUCGUAGAAUGGUUUUUUCGCUUUAUUUACGCAUACUUCAUGCGCUCUACGUACAAUCGUGUAUGUAUCGAUGAUUUUUGGUAUUUCUUUUUUCGAUUUCUGAGAAUCAUUCGGUCUCCACACGACUGAUUCCAGAUUAUCAGUAGGAUAAUAUGGAUAUGGACAAAUUUUACGAUAAAUCAGAUAUUUAUUUAGCAAUUGCUACCAAAGAUGAAGUGUUUUACAUUUUGUAGAUAAAAUCGAUUAAGUUAUUUUGGUUAUUUGAAGAAUGGGAGAAGAAAUGACAUGAUAAUUUGUUUUUUUUUUUUUAUUUAAAAAAUGUGUUUGGAAUUAAGUGGAAUUGUAUUUUAGUAAACGAUGAAAUUAGCCCUGUUUUCAAAUGUUCCAGGAAUGUUAUGGGGCACAAGAGGUUUAUGUUCAUAGUUCGUACAUAGAAAUUCUCUGGAGUAUUCAAUUGUGAUUAUUUUUCAAUUCACUUAAUUUCAAAUUUCAUUAUAUAGCUUUUCUCAUCAUUUUCAUCGUUUUACAUCACAAAAAGGAAUGGAUAAUCAUUGUAGCCAUAUCGAAUUAGUUCAACAAAUGCAAUGUGCAUUAUUUUAUGUACAAUAGGAGAGAGAUGACAAACAAAAUGAGAGAGUGAGAGAGGAAGAGAAAAUAAUCAUGAAAAAUCGUCGGGAUUAUUAGGCUAAUUCUGUUCAUGAAUUAGUUGAGAAAAAGUAUUAUCACUGCGACUUGUAUAAAAGUAACGAUUAUGAUCCUUAUCGAAGGUAUUAAUAAUACAUUAAGUUGUUUAUUAUUGAGCGGUUUCGUGGAUUUACUCGUGUAUAGAAAACAGAAAGAAAGAAGGACAUUUAUUUCAUUGUUUUGUGUUAACUUUUUUUACUCACAUUUUAGGCAUCGAUUAAUGCAGAGGAAUGUUUUGAAAAAUUUUUUGUCUGUCAUAAAGUCGAUAGGUAUUGAUAGUGGAUGUAAUCCUGUUCAGUAACAAAUUCAUGAGGAACAUAGAAUUUCAAAAAGUUUUGAGGAAAACGGCAAAUCUGUGCAUUGUAAAUUCAAUAAGUAUUUUCAAUUACUUCGUUUUUUUCUACUGUAAGCAAUGUCGAUUUAAGCAUUUAGAAAUUAUUAUUAUUGUAUGAACACAUAAAUAUGAUUAGAAGCAGAUAAA